GAGCAUUGAUGCAUAUAUGCAGCCUUGGGUAUUACAACUCACGAUACACUAGAAGAAAACAACGAAUUGGUGUUGAACUUGACCUGCUACAGUCGUAAAAUCAUCCUAUAUGCUAUGUUAUCUGGGAAUAUAACAUGCUCGCAUGGAACAGUUAUGUACAUGUGCUCCUACAAGAUGGCCUGACGAGAACGCAUAAUCGUAACACAGGUCAUUUAUACUGGCAACACGAUAUGAUAUUCUAGCAAAUACAAUCUCUUUUUAUUUGUUUCCAUUUCAUUCUGGUAAUCUUGGAAGCUUGCGAUGUGUUCGACAGCGACACGGAGACAAUGGCGGCAUCUACGCUAAUAAUGCUUCAGGGGUACGCUAGCCUGUAUCUAAGCGCCCAUCCAGCUAUCUGGUCACUUACUAUAGAUCUGAAAUUAGUAUCUGCGCAACCAACAACAAUACUUUUCAGGUUGCGAUAUGCAUACGCACGUAUAAGGAGAUUUAAUCCUUAUUUAUUUUCAUUGUUACCAUUGCCGAAACUACGGAACGGGUUUCGUUAAGCCUCAUAAGAACUGAAAAUAGUAUAUUUGUACCUACUUAGCAACGUGAUGUCCCGAAACUACAUGUUCUCAGUUAUAGAACGU